AUGGAGGAGUUGACGGAGAAGGUCGACAAAAUCCUGGAUCAGGUGGCAACUCAAACCUUGCCUUCGGCUAAUGGUUCCCGUUGCAGUGAUGGCAAGUCAGUCCUGGCCAAGCUGAGAGAUGGCCAAGAUGUGCAGGUCGAGCUCACAGCCGACAUGUUGUUGGGCAUCAGCGAAGACGACAAAGACAAGUUGGCAGAACAACUGCGAACGCAAGGCUUCGAUGUGGACACAGUGGAAAUUCCGAGGCCCCCUCAGGCUGGCCACGCCCUCCAGUGGAGUGAUGCGAUUUCCCAGGCGUUUGGCAAAGCUUGGAUAUCUCGUGUUGACGCCACGGACUUCUGCGAGAUGGUUUGCAAGUGUGGCGAGCGUUUGCUGAACCUACGGCGCUACAAGCUGGCCUAUCAGGAGGUCUUCUACCGUUAUUGCGACCGGGCUGUGCAGCUCCGCGCAGAGAUUGCCAAGAACCAGCUUGGAGAGCCUCCUUCCAGGAAGAUUUCGGUCUUCUCACGCUAUUGUCUGGGAGCAUCGACCGCCUUGUUUCUGCAGACAGUUCAUCGAGACGAUGCUGCCAGGAGGCCGGACACAGUCGACAUUCUUCGAGAUGUUCUUCGUGACAUCCUUCAGUCCGUCGAAGCUCUUUGUGGUCAGACAGAGGAGGUGCGUGAGGAGCUCUAUUGGUGCCUGUACAACAGCAGCCUUCUUUGCAUGCGCAUCUCUAGAUGGCUGAGACUUCAUGGGUUUGCCGAGCUAUGCGUUCAGCCUCUUUGGCUGAUGGUGGAGUCCAUGCACUCCUGCCUGCCGCUGAUGGCAGUGUACAUGAUUCCCUUCAGGGCACGGGUGAUGCUGGAGCUGGCCUACUGUGCAGAGUCUGCUAAGCAGCUCGGAGAGGCUUCGCGUGUAUGUGAUGUGGCACAAGAGCAUAUAGAGAAAGCCAAGAAGCUGGAGAUCAUGCUGCCACCGGUUCCACCGGAGACGACGAAGCUCUUCGAGGUUGUGACCUUCGAUUCCUCCGAAGCUUCCACGAGCGCAUCGCCUCCGACGGCAGAAGCCGCGGAGCACGAGGCGGUCAUCGACGUGGGCCAUGGCAUCCACAUCGGGAUGGAUUCGCUUGCCGAAAGGAUAAGAUCCAUUUUCGAUCGCUUUGACAAGGACGGCGGUGGAACUCUGGACAGGCAUGAGAUUCAUCGAGUCUUCAAAACCCUCGUUCCUGACUUCACGCCCUUGCAAAUCAAUACCUGCUUCAAGCAUGUCGACAAAGGCGGAGACGGCUUGAUUUCUCGUGAAGCGUUUUGCGAGUGGAUCUUGACCGACACCGGCGAGUCCAAGAAGGUGAUGAGGGCAUUGAUCAAGGCAACCAGCGAUGCCCUCGCCACAAGUGUGAGAGAAGUUUUCGCUCGGUUUGACCAGAAUGGUGAUGGGAAGCUCGACCGGAGUGAGCUGUGGCGGGUCUUCAAGACUCUCGAUGGGGAGCUUCGCAUCCAGGAGAUAGUUUCUUUGAGUCAGGAGCUUGACACCGGUGGGGACGGAACGGUCUCCCACCGCGAGUUCCUUUCCUGGCUGCGACAGGGCUCAGAUCGAGCCCAGGCGCUCACGAAAACGAUCGUGAAAGAAACAGGCAAAGCCCGAGAGGCACGGAUUCAUCAGGCAUUCAACAAAUACGACUCGACCAAAGAUGGCAUGCUCAACAUCGGCGAGCUUACCAAUGCCCUCAAGGUGUUGGGAAGCUUCUCAAACGACGAAGUGCGCCAUGUCCGUGAUGACUUGGACAAAAGCGGCGACGGCGCGGUUUCAUACGAGGAGUUUCGCACCUGGAUCCAUGCGGGCAAAGGGAGAAAGGAGGUCUUGAAGGCCAAGGCCAUCUUGGCCCCCAGUGAUGGUGAUGGCCUCGAAGCAGUGUUCUACAACUUCUGCGGCCCUGGGCAUGCAGAUUUGUCUGGCACCAACUUCCAUCGGCUUUGUAAGGACUGCCACAUCCUGGAUGACAAGCUCGACACGGCAUCUGUGGACCUUGUGUUUUCUGAUUCUCGGGUGAAGGAUCAUUCGGCACGCAACAUUGACUUCCUCCAGUUCGAGAUAGCGCUGGAACUUCUGGCAGAGAGGAAAGGCGUCAAGAGGCAAAUCCUCCGCAAUGCUGUGCUUGUGCAAGGACAUCCGGAGUCGCACAACAAGUCCCCAGGGCAUGAGGACCUCGCAGAUUCUGCAAAGAAGAGGCGCUGCAGCUUGACGGGCCUGGAUCCUGCGGGGGUGUCGGCAGUUCUGGAAAAGAAGAAGCCCAUGCGAUGCAGCAGCCAGAAGCGUGUGGCAUCGCUGAUUAGGCUGACGCAGCAUGAAACUCCUGGAAAGGAGUCGUGGAGAAGAGAUGUGGACAACACCAAGCUUUGGAGAGUUUUCGGCUUGCACACGCCUGCUGGGCGCAACUUGAAGAAGCUCUAUGAAGCGCCAUACGUUGCACCAUCGCCUUGCGGACGCAAGCGGCAUGAGCACACUUGGUCCAACCCUUUCCUUGCGAUGAGUUCCGAGAACGGCGUUAGCGCCGGCAGCCCUCCCCCACAGAUGCACAAAGGGCGUCCGCUGCCAAGGCAGGCAUGGUGA